UUGGCAUUGGCAUUUGCUGGUGUCAGCGAGAGCCGAGAGUGCCGGUAGCACGCGCAGCCUAGGCCCAGCCAGCACAGGCGGAGGCGGAGGCGGAGGCGGACCAAGCAAUGGGAGCAUGGCCGCGUCCCGGCGCGGCGCCGGCGCCGCGCUCGCUCCUCCUGGCGCUGGCGCUGGCGCUCUGCUCCCUCCUCGCGCAGCCGCAGCCGUCGCGCGCCUUCUUCUUCUUCUUCGGCGUCCGCACCAGCGCGCACGUUCCUCGUCAGCAUCGCGGCGGCGGCGGCGGACGCGAGGAGAAGGUGCCCAUGACCGUCGUCGUGCCGGACUACUCGCCGCGUCCCGCGCCGCUCGGCCCCUCGCCCUCGCCCGCGCCGGUGCCGGUGCCCGGCUCGGACGGCGGCGACGACGAGGAGGGCACGCCGAGGCUGCCGUCCGAGCGGCGGAGCACGGGCACGGGCGCGGGCGCGGGCGCGCCCUGGUCGGCCGACCACAGCGCGAGCGCUCAGGCGCCGGCCACCAGCGCCGACUUCAUCAGCAGCAGCCCCGCCGUGCCGCUCCCGGCCGGCGUCACGGACUCCGCCACCGUCCUCCCCAUGCCCACUCCCGGACACCAACUCCGGGACGACGACGUGGGGAUGGGCACCCUGCGGCUUCAGGUUAGGGCGGUGGUGCAGCUCGCCGUCCCUCUUCUGAUCAUGAUGCUGUCUUUUUAGGGAGGAGAUGUUUCUGUAAUGUAAUCACAAGUGCUUUCCUUCUCUCUGUCUGUAGCCUCCUCUGCUCUGAGAUUCCUUGAUCAUCAUCACCUCAUCUGUAACCAAGCUCGCCAAUGCUUGCUAAUUCCUGAGUCCAUGCCUUAUAUGAGUCAGUGAGCUCGAUCAGUUCUC